UGGCAGAGGGCAGACAUUCGCCCAGGACACUUUCCCCGUGUAUCAAAGCAAGAUGGCAGCUGUUGUUGAGAAUGUUGUCAAACUUCUGGGCGAACAGUACUAUAGAGAUGCUAUGGAGCAAUGUCACAACUACAAUGCCAGGCUCUGUGCUGAGAGGAGUGUUCGAAUGCCGUUCCUCGACUCUCAGACUGGUGUAGCUCAGAGCAACUGCUACAUUUGGAUGGAGAAGAGACACAGGGGACCAGGUAUGGCUCCGGGGCAACUCUAUACUUACCCGUCCAGGAGGUGGAGGAAGAAAAGGCGGUCGCACCCUGCAGAAGACCCACAACUUAUCUUUCCUCCUGUCAAGUCAGAGGUAGAUUUAGGAGCGAAGAAGGAUGCUGUGUUGUCGUCAGAUGGCAGCAGCCUAGAGGCUCUGUUGAAGGGAGACUCCUUGGACAAACGGACGACCUCAGAGCUGCGAGGGUCUGAAGAAGACUCUAACCUGAGCGACUACACUGUGGGACUGAACCCUGCAGCUCGGAUUAAAAAGAGAAUUCUGGAGCCUGAUGACUUCCUGGAUGACCUUGAUGAUGAAGAUUAUGAGGAAGACACACCUAAAAGGAGAGGCAAAGGGAAAGGAAAGUUGUGUCCUCAGGGUCGAGGAGUGGGCAGCAGCAGAAAGAAGCUGGAUACAGCAGCACUGGAUGACAGAGACAAGCCGUACGCCUGUGACAACACUAUCAAACAAAAGCAUAUUUCAAAACCUUCUGAAAAAGUCUGUGGAAAGCGUUACAAAAACCGUCCCGGCCUGAGUUACCACUACGCCCACUCCCACCUGGCUGAGGAGGAGGGUGAGGAGAAGGAAGAAAUGGAGAUUAAUGAACCUGCCUUGCCACUGCCUGACGAGCCUAAAACCCCUAAGAAAGGCCCAGAUGGUCUUGCGUUGCCUAAUAAUUACUGUGAUUUCUGCCUGGGAGACUCCAAAACCAAUCACAAGACGGGUCAGUCGGAGGAGUUGGUGUCCUGCUCUGACUGUGGACGCUCCGGCCACCCAUCUUGUCUACAGUUCACACCUGUAAUGAUGGCUGCUGUGAAGACCUACCGCUGGCAGUGCAUAGAGUGCAAGUGCUGCAACAUGUGUGGCACAUCAGAGAAUGACGAUCAGCUGCUGUUCUGUGAUGACUGUGAUAGAGGCUAUCACAUGUACUGUCUCAACCCUCCCAUGUCUGAACCUCCAGAGGGGAGCUGGAGCUGCCAUUUAUGUCUGGACCUGUUAAAAGACAAAGCAUCCAUAUACCAGAACCAGAAUGCACCACCAUCAUGAUGGUCGUUCCUGCUUCACCCGCCCCCCCCCCCAAAACACAUACACAUCACUCAAUUGUCCUGCAGCACUGUAGUUUACCUUUUAGCACAGAUAAAAGCUGAACAGCCAAUACGGUCGUUUUUCAAAUCUAAUAGUCCGCUAGACUUGGUACGAUUGGGGGUUGCGACAUUCAGCCACUCCGAGUUUGCUUUCACACUGCACUUCAGUGACAUGAACCGAGCCUUUUGAAUAAUGUAUUCCUCCUCGCCUGAGGUGGCGCUGCAUUAAGAAUUAUUGAAGGAGAAGACAACAAUGAAAUGUAUACCCACAAUGCCCUGCGUUGUAGUGUGCUUCCUGCAUUUGGUUCACUUGAAGCGAAGCAAGGCCUACGUUUUUAGGCAGACCAGAGUUCGCUUCUUUGGUGCAGAUGAGACGGUUGCGCAUUCACACGUACCCACAACAAACCAGACUUUCCGAGUAAACAAACUAAGAUUUGAUUUAGAAGGGCUGGUGUGAAUGCACCAUUCAUUGUGAAAAGAGAAGUACACCGUACCUCACUGGCCUCACUCGAAGUCACAUAUGACUAAUUCCACUGUUCCAAGCUCAGAUUCAGCCCUUAAGAUUUCAAUCAUCACCUCUUUGCCACACAGCCAAUUUAAGCAGUAUUGACGUUUAAAUUACCUCUACUUCAAAAUCAAUUCACGGCCAAAUUCAGCUUUCGACACCUUCACUCAGCAUUGCUUAACCUUUAUCUCUAUCCUGCAGUGUAUUGACGUUUUGGCUAGGGCAGAAAUAGAGCUUGUUGGACUUACAUAGCAUGCAAAUGCUUGCUUAAAAAAAGAAGAUAUUUUAUAAUAUUUAUAUAUUUCUAUGGUAUAUAAUAGUGUUAAGUAUAUUCUAAUUGGAAAAAGAAUGAAAGUCAUGUGAUAGUCUUUAUAUAAGUGUCCUUCUCAUCAUUAUGGGUAAUUUACUUUUACAUUUAAGCAGACACUUUUAUCCAGUGACUUACAAGGGAAUUAAGUAUUGAACUCUGAGCUUGAACUUUUUCUACAAUCUGCCAGGGGUGGAGUUGAAUUUGUGUAUGUCUGCACACGGGGUACCGGUCUUAACCACUGAACUACCCGGCACCUGGCUUUUUUAUGAAGCUGCUGAUAUUUGAUGAUUAACAUGACAUUUAGCCCCAACUCCUGCACACUUGAAAAAAAUUGUGUCCGUCUAUCUUGAUACUUGACUUGAAAACUGUCCCCUUUUUGACCCAUCAUGAAAAAUAAAUAUUGCAUUAACAGCCAGAUAUGAGGAUAAAAAGCUUUCAUUGCUGUGUUCUAGCAGUCAGCCAAUCAUGCAAUAUCUGAUAUCUGCAUAUGCUGUGACACCUCUAGAUUGUUCUAUUGUAACUGGAGAUGGACUGAUUGCUGUCGAGGCCAGGAUGAGAAUGACUUGUCUGUUUACGCUCUGAAGGCAAUAAUGUGUGAAACUGUACAUUAUAGCUGGCUCUGUAUUGUAGAGGAAUAUGUAUAUGUACAGAAUGUCCUAUGGAAAGCUGGCUGGUUUUGGUUGAAUAUGCAAUAGUUUUGUUCUGUGGCAAAGAAAAAGUCUGUCUGAACUGCAAGAAAGUGCAGUUACUUACCUCAAACAGAACAAGUAUUUAAAGAGCUGAAAGAUGCUGUAGAUAGACAUGUUAAAGGCAGAGGAUUGAACAGUAGUGUUUGCUUUAAUAAGUGCUUAUUCUAUACUUCAACAAGUACAUGCUCCGUCAACGACUGCACUCAUAUAUGUAGUCGCCUCAGCAUUAGGUCGGCAAAGGUAUGUGGAAGUGGUAUAUUAUCAGUUAACCAUGCUAUCAUGUUUUUUCAUUAGCCAACUAACAGUUACUAAGUAUAACCUGGUUUAUUUCCUCAUCAUGUUUUAAACUUCCUGUUGAGUAGAGACAGAUAUCUUUGGUUGUCAUGGAUGUUUGCAACAUUUUGGGAUUUAAGUGGAUUUAAAUAACUUUGUUGUUAAUCCUGUGAUCAGUGGAGCUGCUCCCAAACCUUGAAACAGAAGUAAAGCUCAUCAUGUGUUUAAGAUUUAUCUUUAAACACUGAACAGUCAAGUAAUGAUGGACGAUGUAUGCAAAUUCUAGGCCGCACUCAGACAAGAGUUUACACAGCAGGUGAAACAUCUGAAACGUAAUGGAAUGUUUGUUUGACUUCAGGAAAAUAAAAUGCUAAGCACUA